ACUGGAGCAGAAACCAUGUCCCGGAAUAAGUGGGGCAGAGUCGGCUCGAGCGUUAUGAGCUGUUCUUUGCCAAUAGUACUUCAGGACGGUUGCCUUCUGUUCCCUUAACGCAGUUGGAUUCGUCUUCGAAGAACUUGCAGGACAUGGCCGGACGUCACACAGAUGCAAGGUUUGAAUAUGGCAGCAGGAAAAAGCUGACACCACAAGAUAUCGCAGACAUGUUCAACGACUAUGCUGAAGACUAUGAACAGGAAUAUUUGAACAUCGGUUUGAGAUCUCACAUAGUUGUCGGAGAUUUCAUGGCUAAGACUGUCCCAGAAGAAGAUAGAUCAAAAGUGAAAGUCUUGGACGUUGGUGCUGGCACAGGACUUCUUGGAAAUGAGUUAAAGAAUCUCGGGUUCACACACAUCGACGCAUUGGAUCCAGCAGAAAAGAUGCUGGAUGUUUCAAGACGUCGUAACAUCUACCAAAGACUGAUCUGUGCCUUCAUGAAUAAGAACAGGAACGAUGAUAUUGACACGGAUUACUAUGACUACAUUGUGGCAUCGGCAGCCUUUAAUGAAGGUCUUGUUCCCAGUGAGGCCUUCCAGGAAAUGAUACGGAUCGUGAAACCAGGUGGUCGAAUAACUUUCACCGUCCCAACCAAGUUCAUCAACAACUCAGACGACUUACGGAACCGGUUACGUCCCCUUAUAGACCAGAUGGCACGAGAGGGCGUGUGGGAGGUCACUUCCGUUGCACUCGAAGAUGGAGAACUUUCUUACACUCACGGUCCAGGAACUAUGUUUAGUUUGAAAGUUCUGGUGUCAGAAAAGAUAUUUUGAGUAUUUAGGAAAGACAUUUCCGUAUUUCAGACUUGUCACUUUCUCCAGUCUAAAGUUAACAGUGUCAGUAUGAACAAUAUCCACACAGGGAACACUAAUCAGACGUUUCCAGUAGAUAUAGAGGUUUUAAUCAUUUAAAUCUAGAAAUGUAGACACUUAUUACGUAUUUGCUUUUGUUACUAUAUAUGCAGUACUGAUGACAAGUAGAAGGUAAAAUAUACAAGUAAAUACGCUACAUAAUUCAACACUGUGUAUUAAAUUGAAUGGGAAUCCAUCGCACUCACUGAUAAAAAAAAAGGUUUGUGA